ACUGAAAAUAUUGCCUCCCUAAGAAACCAUUUUUCUAUCAUCCUUGAAAAUCUCUUCCCAACCUCUCCACAAACAUAUUAAUAAUAAUGUGCGAAACAAAGAACUUCUAUCUUUGGCUUCUCCAAAUUGUAAGCCUUUUGGGCCUUCUUGUCCUCUGUUUAUGGCUAGGUUUACGUCCCCAGAACCCAACUGUUGCCGUUGUGGAAAUCUCAGUUCCACCCAUAGAUAAUAGCUCUUCACCAGCCGCUGAUGGAAAACAGAAUGGCUCCCUCGCAUAUAACCUUGAAAUUAAAAAUCCAAACAAAGACUCUAUUAUCUGGUUUGACGUUAUUUCACUGACAUUCUUCCAUGGCCAGGAUACAGCUGCAACAGAUAGAAUUUCUUCUUUCAAAUUACGAAAGGAUGCCACUCAAUAUAGGGCAAAUCAUUUGGAUGUUGAUGGGCGUGUAUGGAAAGCUCUUCGCAAUGCAUUAUCAAAUGCAACGGCUGAAUUAAAAGUGGAGUUUCUAACUGGAAUUCGGUUUAAGACUAUAGGCAUUAAGAGUAAGCAUCAUAAGAAUCACAAGUUGGAAGGUAAAGUGAAGCUUGGUAAGGAUGGGAAGAUUUCAGGUAAGAAGAAGAAGAUUAAACUAAAGCAUUCAUCCAAGAAAUGGAGAAUAAAGCUGGGUUCUCAAUUCAACUGAUUAGAACUGUAAACAUAUAUUAGUUUUGUUUUAUAUUGGGUUGAGGUCAUACUACCAAGUAUAAUACUUUCCUCGUUUUUUGUUUUAUUUGUACUUUAUUUAUCAAUAUUGUAUACGAAGAAUCAAAGGAUUUCACUGUUGUCAAUCAA